AUGCCCCUGGAGCGGCGAAUCACGGAUCAUCCCCUGCCAGAGCCGUUCAACUGGGCUGCCGCUGUUCAAGGUUCGGACUCCACUCCGGGCACUUCGGAGCCCCUCGGUCGGAACAGGCUGCCCGCUUUGAGCAUGAACUUGGCCACGCCCGUGGACACAGAGGAUGAGGUGACUUGCGCGACGCUCUCGGAGGAUCACUGCAGCGUGGCGUUUGGCACUUUCUCUGGGAUGAUGCACGUCGUGGCCGUGCGGAAGGAUUGGCGGGAGGCAAACAACCUGCGCAGGGAGAAUGUCUUUCAGGCCCACCAGAAGUGGGUGAUGGCCUGCGCCUUCUCCCCUGGGGACCGGCAUCUGCUCACCUCAUCGGCGGAUAAAACGAUGCGGCUGUGGUGCACCCGGAGCGGCUGCUGCAAGAUUGUGUAUACCACGGGCCAGGUGCCACUUACGGCCAGCUGUGUGGCGUUCGCCCCGCGGGGCUGCUACUUCGCCACCGCCUCGGAGGACGCAGUGGUGCGCGUGUGGAGGGAGGACGCGGAGCAUCCCAUCAUCAGUUUGUUCGGCCACUUGGCCAAACUGAUGGUGUGUCGUUUCCACCCGAAUGGCAACUACUUGGCCACAGGAUCGGCAGACGCCACGGUCCGCAUUUGGGACUACCGAAACCACGCCCAGAUGCGCGUCUUCCGCGGCCACAAGGCCCCAGUCAGUGCCCUCGUGUACUCCAUCUGCGGACGCUACCUGGUCUCUGGGGGCCGCGACGACCUCGUCAUUGUGUGGGACACGAGCACCGCGCGGUUGCUCCGCUGCCUCUGGCAGCACAAGGCACUGUCCAUUGCCUCCAUUGACAUUUCGUACUGCAACAAUCUGCUGGCUGUGUGGAGCCAGGAGUUCCAGCUCACCCUCUGGGACUUUCAACUGCUCCUGCAGAACUCAUCCAUGGAGAAUGUAUCCUCUGCCCAGAGCAAUGACAGCAAUGGGAAGCUUUUGAUUCGCACAGUGAAAGCCCCCGAGAAUGUGAUUUGGCUUCAGAGUGGAUUCUUCGGUCGGGAUGGCCUCGUGGCCAUCUACGCUGAAGACUACAAGAAGUCGGCGGACGUCCUGGCUUCGAUUGUGAAGCAAAUUGAAAACUUACAAAUUGGAACUAAGUCGGAGGCAGAGAAAAAUGAGAUCAUGGAGUCCAUGCUGAAUAAGAUCCUCAGUUCCGAAAGUGACAACACAGCCGCAGGAAGAUCUUGA